AUGGGGCACCUCAGGGCCUGGGUUCCUUGCCUUCUCCUGGCCUCCAGUGCCUCCACCGCGCCCGCGGCCGCGGCCGCGGCCGCGGACGUCUCCGUGAACUUCUCGGAGGUGAUCCGGACCUCGCGCACGCUGACUACGCUGCAGGUGGUCUCCAACCCCAUCCUGGACCGCACCCUGGUGGCGCCCAAUGGAACUUCUUUCCCGAAUCCCAUUCACGACGCUGCCUGGGGCUCCUUGAAGGCUUUGCAGGCCGACUUGGUACGCUUUGUGCCCUGGUAUCCCUAUCCCAAGAAGAGCGUUGCCGAGCUGGAUGCCCCCACGCCCACCAAGACUUCCUGGAAUUUUACAAGCAUCCUACCGCAGCUGGAGGACUUCAUGGACGCUGUGUAUGGGCAGAACCACACCGUCGUUCUCAACUUUGCAACCCAACCUUGCUGGCUUUUCGGGGAUGCUCAGAACAGAACCCAGAACUGCUCGUACCCAUCCAAUCCGGACGAGUCGUUCCGCGGGUAUGUUCGCGGCAAUCGUAAGAACCUCCUGGAUCCGAGCGGCAAAACCAUGGCCUCGUACUUUGCACGGCUGUUGUCUUAUCUCGUGAAGGGCGAGUUUGUAGACGAGAACGGCGUCAAGCACACGGGGGGGCCAGCUUACACCCGCUUCAACCGCCAGAAUGGACACGUCUGGGAGUUGUUCAACGAGGGCGAGCACGCCUACAAUGCCGAGCAGUAUACUCACGACUAUGAUGUGAUUGUUCCUGAAAUGAUUAAGGCCGUUGGUGGCCCCGACCAUGCACCAGCCUUUAUGGGACUUGGUGGUGUCUCCCCAGAUUGGGUUCCGCCCUUUCUGAAUCGCAGCAAUCAUAGCUUGCCUGCUCCUCCAAUCGAUUACAUCUCCGUGCACCACUAUGCGUCCUGCUCGAAUCGCACAGAUCCCUCUACCUACUCUGCCGGCUUCUUCGGCAACUUCGCUGCAUGGAUGAAGUCCUUCAAGGAGACGGUGAUGGCAACGCGCGAUGCCUCCUCGUUUCCCAAAGUCAAGCUUGAUCUGGAUGAGCUAGGCGUCAUCAUGCCAGAUGACAACAACCCGAAUCGCGGGAUCGAUGCGGACCUUCCUGACAUCUACUGGAAUGCGGCUGGGGCCCUGUACGCAUAUGUCUUUGCAAGCCUGGCGCCUCUGGGCGUUGAGGUCCUGGGCCAAUCUCAGUUGGCUGGCAGCCCAAAGAUCCCCGAGUGGGGGAUCCCGCUCCCGCAGUUUCCCAGCGUCAGCUUGCUGGACUGGAGAACGGGCCUGGGCAACGCGCGGUACUGGGUGCUGAAGCUCCUGAUUGAAGAGUUUGCGCCCGGUGAUUCCUUGGUUGCCACGCGGUGCCAUCAAGGCCAGCCGGAGAAAACUCCCGAGCUGAGUUGCCUGGGUGCCCUCACAAAGGACGGGUCUCAGAAGCUUCUGAUCGUAAAUCACCUGAACGCCAUUCAGCCGGUGCAGUUGAGCGGCUUCGGGGCCGGCGGCGUGACCUUGAAAAUCGUUGAUCCCAAGUCUGUGCAGGUGGCAAGUUCCCAGGGCAUCCGGAGCUCGUCUCAGGAUGCCAGCAAGCCACUCAGCUUAGAAGCCUUUGCAGUGGUGGUGGCAUCCCGUGCCGCUUCAUCGGCCAUCUUCGUAUGA